ACGCGGAUGCAGAGUUUGCAGCCGGAGCCUGCCGCCCGCUACCGGAACGUGCUGGAGGCCCUGUGGCGGAUCGUCCAGACAGAGGGAUUCUGGAGGCCAAUGCGGGGCAUGAACAUCACAGCCACUGGGGCCGGCCCUGCCCACGCCUUGUAUUUCGCCUGCUAUGAAAAGUUAAAAAAGACAUUGAGUGAUGUUAUCCAUGCUGGGGGCAAUAGCCAUGUGGCCAAUGGUGCAGCGGGGUGUGUAGCAACAUUGCUCCACGAUGCAGCUAUGAACCCUGUGGAAGUGAUCAAGCAGAGGAUGCAGAUGUACAACUCACCGUACCAGCGGGUGACGGACUGUGUGCGGGCCGUAUGGCGCAACGAAGGGGCCGGGGCCUUCUACCGCAGCUACACCACCCAGCUCACCAUGAACAUCCCCUUCCAAGCCAUCCACUUCAUGACUUACGAGUUUCUGCAAGAGCAGCUCAACCCCCAAAGACAGUAUAACCCUGGCUCCCAUGUGGUCUCAGGGGCCUGCGCGGGUGCUGUGGCCGCUGCCGCUACCACACCAUUGGACGUUUGCAAAACGCUGCUCAACACCCAGGAGUCCCUGGCCUUGAACUCCAACAUCAGUGGACAUAUCACAGGCAUGGCCAAUGCCUUCAGGACGGUGUACCGAGUGGGCGGUGUGACCGCCUACUUCCGUGGGGUCCAGGCCCGGGUCAUUUACCAGAUGCCCUCCACAGCCAUUGCUUGGUCCGUGUACGAGUUUUUCAAAUACAUCCUCACCAAGCGUCAGGAGGAGCGCCGGGCUGGGAAGUGAGUCAGAGCUUGGCCCUGCUCUGGGCCCACAUAAUCUCCCCUCCCUGCCUCUGCCUCUCGGUGUCUCCCUUUGGUUUGGUUUGUGCUGGAGAUGGGGAGGCAGGAAAGCCUUUGGGUUCUCGCAAGGUCAUCUCUUGCCUGGGGCU